CGCCUGUGCUGACCAGCGCCCGGUCUGAGUUUUGGCGCUGCGCCAUGCUGUCAGCAUCAACCCCCGCGUGCAAGAACGCCAUCAUGCGGAGUGCCCUCAGGCCCAUGGCUCGCUGGAAAGGAGCGGCCCGCCGAUCCUGGCGAACCAAGGGGCCCGAACAUCAUGCUGCCUUGGCAAGUAUGGCAGCCCUUGCUGCAAGGAGGCGGUUUGCCACCAUGCGGCGCGCUCAGGCGGAGCCGGUGGACCCUGUCGACCUCGCGGAGCUGGCCGAUGCGAAGGCCAAGGCUGCAGAUGAGGGAGCGGAGGAGGAGAGUGCGGAGCGCGUGGCAAAGUCGAUGCAGCUUCUGGAUGAAUAUAGCGAGGAGAUGCACCCAGGACACAAGCCCGGGCGGUUCGCGGAGGUAGGGCCAGAGUUUGACGGCAUGGAGUUUGAUGGCUUGAGAUGGAGGAUGAAAGCAAUAGGUGAUGGCGAGGCAUCCAGUUCCCAAAGUGAGGCACUGAUGACCCUCACUGAAGAGGAUCGCGUCUUGGCCACACAGUAUGAGGCGGAAGGUGGCCUGGGCCUUUGUCUCAAUCGUGCCUGGACAGUUCCUGAUCGCCUCAGGGCGGAGGCCCGCAGCAUCCUCCGCACGGUGGCUGGGGAGGCGGAGGAGGGCGACGAGGAGCAGAUGGAGGAUAGCAUGCUGGGCUCACAAAAGGUGAAUGUGCCCUGGGACGAGCUCCAGUCACAGCUGGGGGCGGAGAAGGUAGGCCCUGUGGAAAAGGCGGCGCUGCUGCUGCAUGCCGCUGACAUUGCCGAAGAGCGCGAGGCAGUGAUGCGGAACACCUGGAGCGACAUCGAGUUCGACGAGGGCGAGAUGUCCAAUGCAGAGCUGGUGGCGCGCCUGGAGCGGCAGUUUGCAGGGCAGCUCGUGCGGUCGGCGGAGGUUCGGAUCCGUCACCGCCGGGAGCAGGAGCAGAAGGAUGGACCCGUGAAGCAGGAACCCAUGCCGCAGGCGAGCGAGAAGAAUGACGGCAUUUUUGACAUGGUGCUGAAGGACUGUCAAGACGCCCGUGACCUGCAGCAGCGGCUGCCGCCCUCGGAGCUCACGGCCACGCUGAACGAGCCCAGGAACUUAGGGGUGGCCUUGGACCUGAUUGGGGUUUACCUCAAGAACUACGAGAUAGACAAGUGCGAUUAUGUUCUGGAACGCGUGGUACCUUUGGCUCGCAAGCGUGGUGGCACCUGGUUGAUCAAGGCCCUAGACAAGCUCUGCGCCGUGCGCAUGAAGCAGUUCCGGGCCUACGAUGCCCUGGUGGCCCUGAAGGAAAUUGAGGCGAAUGUCCCGUUCCAGCCGGAAGAGGGCUGGGAGUUCCACGACAUCAUGUACAGAAACUUUGCUUGGUGCUACUCUUCGCUGGAUGAGGCAGAUAAAUGCUUGGAGUACACCCGGAAGAGCGUUGAGGUCAAGAAGACCAAUGGGGUGCAACCCACCUGGUUCGACAUUUGGGACCUGGGCAAGGCGCACGCGCGACUGGGCCAGAAGACCCAGCAACGGGAUGAGAUGAAGAUCGGCUUCGAGCUCUGCGUCAAGGCGGGGGAGAUCCACCGCACCGCAGAGGCCAGUGACAGGAUCAUGCUUGCCAAGAUUCUCUCCAACGUGGGCGAGGUUGCCAUGGGAAUAGGCGACAGCUUCUUCUUGGAAGAGAAGAAGGAGGACGCUCGCGAGUGGUAUGAGAAGGCGCAGCAGCCCUUGGGGGAGUCGUACGAGCUGCACGUCUCCUCUUUGGGGCCCAUGAAACCACUGGCGGGCUGGCAGGCAGGCACCAUGGCCCACUGCAUGGUUCGCCUCGAAAGGUGGCCAGAGGCGCGGGAGUACUUGGCACUGGCACUGAGGGUGGAGUGCACCAAAGACUCCACCACCAAUGGCAGCCUUAUCGAGCUGCUGGACCGCGUGGUGAACUGCCACCAGGAGCUUGGGGACAUGCCUGGCAUGUUGGAGUAUGUGCCAGAUUUAGAACAAGCCAUGCGUGGUCUUCGGCAAAGAGGCUGGGAUCGUCGAGAGCGUGACGUCUUUGCUAUGCUCUUGCAGCGCAUUUCCACAGUGCUGCUGCUUGCGGACGACGGAAAAGGCAAGAUGAUCAGCAAGGCCCUUGAUGUCCUGCAGGAGGCUGCUAACAACUUGCAGAUCUUCAUUGGAGAGGCAGCCCGGCCAGAAGACAUGCCUGAUGAGGAGGAGGUCGACCUGAACCUCCCGGAUGAGGAAGAAAAGGCGAAGAUCAAAAAGAAAAAGUUUGGACCUCAAGUGGAUAAUGCAGGAGAGCUCUUAGAGCAGAUCCAGACGAGCAUCAAAAUCCUGAAGGUCAGCCAGUCAGCGCAGCCCGACACAGAGGCAGAUGAGCUUGGAGGCACUGAAGCGGCGAACGACUUCGAGGAGCCUCUGCCAUCUCCGCCACCACCCCCUGGAUCCGCAGGGCCCGCCUUUCGCCGGGACGGCCUGGGCUCGCUACGGAAUGUGCUCCAGGAGGCACCAGUGUGGACAUGCAGAUGCGCAGGAGGGACGGUCCACUGGUUCAGGUCAGUCGACCGCGGUGAGAGUGACUUCGCUUUCACUUAGUGCUCUAGGAGUUUGUAGCUUUCAGGCAGCCGGAGACCCGAGCAACA